AUGGCUGACCGAUACUCGUUCUCGUUGACGACAUUCUCCCCGAGCGGGAAACUCGUACAAAUCGAGUAUGCCUUGAAUGCUGUCAACCAGGGUGUCACGGCGCUUGGAAUCAAGGCCACCAACGGAAUCGUCCUAGCGACCGAGAAGAAGUCGUCAUCGCCGCUCGCCGACCCCUCGUCUCUCUCCAAGAUCAGCCUCAUCACCCCCAACAUCGGCAUGGUAUACUCGGGCAUGGGCCCCGACUACAGAGUGCUCGUAGACAAGGCACGCAAGGUCUCCCACUCCGGCUACAAGCGAAUCUACAACGAGUACCCGCCCACCAGGAUAUUAGUGCAGGAUGUCGCCCGAGAGAUGCAGGAGGCCACACAGUCCGGUGGUGUGCGACCGUACGGCGUGAGCUUGCUGAUCGCAGGCUGGGACGAGGGCAUCCUGCCGGAUGAGGAGGGGCUGGCUCAGAACGAGGUCAUCGACGCAGAGGGCAACAAGAAGAAGGUCUCUGGCAAGACCGGUGGUGUGCUGAAGGGUGGCCCCAUGCUGUACCAGGUCGACCCCUCGGGCAGUUAUUUCCCCUGGAAGGCCACAGCCAUCGGCAAGAGUGCGACGUCGGCCAAGACCUUCCUGGAGAAGCGAUACACAGAUGGUCUGGAGCUCGAGGACGCUGUGCACAUCGCGCUGCUUACACUGAAGGAGACCAUCGAAGGCGAGAUGAACGGAGAGACGAUUGAGAUUGGUAUUGUCGGCCCCCCCGCCGAUCACCUUCUCGGUGUCGAGGGCGUUGCCGGCGCUGUUGGCCCGCGCUUCAGAAAGCUGACUCCUCAGGAGAUUGAGGACUACCUGACGAACCUAUAA